AUGGACGACAUUGAAUGCAAGAGCUGCAUGCAGAGCGACGAUCAUGAGGAGGAAAAAGUAGCAACCAUGGUGGAUGAUCAUGUAGUAGAUCGGGAUCAGGAUCAGGAUCAGGCCGUUCUGGGAGACCCCGACGAGAUCAUGCUCGAUGUCUACGGCGACGAUCUAAUCUUCUCCGAGGACGCCUUCUCUGCUAUGCCUUGCUUCCCGUGCAUUUCCUCCCCCUCUCCUUCCUCCGGCGCCGGUUCCACCACCCUGCAUGCAGCCGCCGCCGCCUCCUCCUCCUCCUCCCCCUCUUCCUCCGCCGACUCGUGGGCCUUCUUGCAGGUCGCCGAUGGCGUAGGCGUCGGCUUGGACGACGUGGGCCAUCCGCAGCCCGAGGAAGCCGCCGUGGCGACUUCAUCCUCGGUGGUCGAACACGAACGAUCCGGCGGAGGCGACGACUUCCACAUAGACGAGGAGGACAUAGAUCUCUUCGACCUGUCCAUCGACGUGGACGACCCCUUGUGGGAUCCCUCCUCUCUUCUCCCAGCCGACGGGGCGGAGGCGACGCGUGGACGAGAUGAAGGAGGAGUACUGUUGCCGGAGCAGCAGGAACAGGGUAGCUGUAAUAAUAACUCAGAGCAAGAGCCGGCGAGGAUAUUCUUUGACUGGUUGAAGAACAACAGGGACGCCAUCUCGCCGGAGGACCUCCGCAGCAUAAAGCUCAAGCGCUCCACCAUUGAGUGCGCCGCCAAGCGGCUCGGCCGGACUCAGCAGGGCCGCACCCAGCUUCUCCGCCUCAUACUCACUUGGGUGCAGAACAACCACCUCCAACGCAAGCGCCCCAUCGUUUAUAACCCCCACCCUAACCAGCAGAUCGACGGCGGCGGCGCUUACGGCGGCGCCUCAUGGAUUCCGGGAGCCGCGAAUCCGCAGCGGGCCUUUCUCGCCGCCGUUGGUGACGGCGACGAGAUGUCGUAUCCUAGUGCGUAUCGCCAUUGCUCCACUGCUCCCAACGGCAGCGUAGUGGUGAACAGCCAGCCGUUUUCUCCAGCCAUCGAUUUCCUCGACGUCACCGCCGCCGGGCCAUGGCCAGCAUUGCCGCCUCAGUUUGCAUCGUUCCCAUCCGUGGUUCCUCCGCAGUAUUCCGGUGGAUUCGCGAAUCAUUUCCGUCCUAUGUACCACCCGGGCACCGGACAAAGGCUAGGCGGCGUCGGCGUCGGUUCUUCGGCCACCAAGGAAGCGAGGAAAAAAAGGAUGGCGCGACAGCGCCGUUUCUCCCACCGGAACCAUCAUAAUAACCACCAGCAGCUCGUCGGCGGCGGAAACCAAGAAGACACCGGAUCAACUCAUUCUAUAAAUGGAAGGAACUGGACCUUUCACGAAACGCCGCCGCCGGCAGCUCAACUACAGCAGAAAUCCUCUGAUCAGCAUGAUCAGAAGCGUCGGGGAUGGAAGGGCGAGAAGAACUUAAAAUUCCUGUUGCAGAAGGUGUUGAAGCAGAGCGACGUGGGUAGUCUGGGUCGCAUCGUGCUGCCGAAAAAAGAGGCAGAGACUCACCUGCCUGAGCUAGAUGCAAGGGAUGGAAUCUCCAUUCCAAUGGAAGAUAUCGGCACAUCGCAGGUCUGGAACAUGCGAUAUAGAUUCUGGCCAAACAACAAGAGCAGAAUGUAUCUCUUGGAAAAUACAGAGAAUUCAGGAGAUUUUGUGAGGUCGAACGGUUUGCAGGAAGGCGACUUCAUCGUGAUCUACUCGGAUGUCAAGUGCGGCAAAUAUAUGAUUCGAGGAGUGAAGGUUCGACAGCCAGCGGAGCCGCGAUCAUUGAGCAGUAGAAACGCUGCGAAAUUGCGACAAAGAAGGAAUGGGUUGGAGAAGAUGAGUGGAGAAUGUAGCAUCCAUGAAGAGGCUGAUGAGAAUGAUGAAGAAGAUGCAUGA